UUCAUUGACAUGAACGGAGCAUUUUUGACGCCCAAAGACUCCGAGUGCAUUGGAUCUGGGGACGUUGAAAAUAAUAAUGUCACACCAGCAGCAGGAGAAGACCACCACCAACAGCUCCGCAGCGUUUUUACCAUCAGGGACAACAGAAGGUCGAAUAAACCGCGUAUCAAAACGUUUCCGAAUGGCGUCCGAGUUCCAGCCUUUGAAGCGUCCGACAGCGAAGAUUGCGUCUCUUGUGUGGACCUUACGUCACCAGGAGGAGGACAAACCGGGACACAAUUGUGGAAUGGAAAGUUUCCUGAUUUGAAUAGUGCGGAAGUUACGGAAUUGAUGGAAAUGUUUCGAUGCCCGAUUUGCCAGGAUUAUCUGAUUGAGGCCACCGCUACCUCCUGCGGUCACACUUUUUGCGCGACAUGUUUGGAAAGCUGGAAGAAAGUGAAACCAAUCUGUCCCCUCUGCUCGAAACAAGUUAAAUGCCACAUCCGCCUCUUCAACGACGACCUCCUCAUCGAGAAAAUGAUCAACAAAUGUGACGACUUUCCUCAAGACAUUGCCCGAGGUCUGUAUCAAGCCUCAAAAUCCCGAAUGGAUCGCCAGCUCGCGGCACGGCACGAAACCUUCGCCCGGCUUCGCGACCGCUUGGACGAAACCGUGGUCACUCUGAGGUGCAAAGGCGUCUGGGCAACCGUGAUGAGCUCUGGACUGUGUCAAAUGGUGAAGAAAUACUGGACAGCAAAAAAGCGACAGCAACCUCAGAAACCAAAAACGGACAGCUUUGUUCCCCAACAACAAGUAACGCCUAAUCCGCACGCAAGACUGUACAUUUUCCUAAUUUUCUGCGUUGGCAUGUCCGUCGGUGCCGUGGGGUCGAGUCUGAUCGCGUCGAAGAGUACGUCCAAUUUCUUGUACUACAUGUAUCUCUGCCUUUCUCGGUAUGAUGGGUCAAUUCCGGAGUUUUUGAAGCAGUACAAUUCAGCCGGAACGGUUCCUCUCGUGGGGACGAAGGAGGGGGGCUGGUGGUGGUGGUGGAACGAUUUGAAAAUGUUGUAAAGGAAGGAAGGUGUAUGUAUCAACGAGUACUAAUUAAUACGGAUAAAGUCAGAGGUG